UAGAAAGGUAACUAAAUUGCAGUGUAUCAAAUUUAUGGCACAUGACUGGUUAUUACGCAGGCGGAAAAGGAAAUCACCUUUACCUUCACCAAAAAAGAAAUUGAAAAGAUUUAAACUUUCUGAAUUGAGAAAGGAAGCAGAAAAGUCAAGUGCAGUCUCUUCUGCCACUGAGAUUGAUUUGGAAGCAAAAUUAAAGAAAUCUGUAGCUGAUGUAUCUGCUGAUGAAGAAAAGUCUGCAUGCUCUGUGCAAAAAGAAUUGCAGAGUUCAAAUACUAAUGAGAAAAAAUCUGAACCAGAAUCAGGCUACAAAAGAAUUCUGAGAUCGUCACACAGAACUAAAGCUGAUGAUUCUUCAGAUGUUCAAGUAAUAGAUUCAUCUUCAAAGCAGUCAUAUGAGUCGGUUCUGAAUAAUAAACCCAUAUUAACUGCCGAGAAAAGAAAAGGAGACGAAACUGAACUUGCAGUAAAAUACAAAAAUGAAAAUAAGCAAAUACGGCAUGAAAGGGAAAAUGAAGAUGUUGCUGCACCAGAAGUGCAAAGCCAGAAACUGUCAUCCCAGACUACAACAACAAGUUCUUCAGUUUCCUCUGAUGAUGAACCCCUUGUAAUUGAUCUGAGUGAUAAUGAUGAUAAUGAUGGUGACAAUGAUAAGAGUAAGAAACAGCUGGCUGCAGGAAAGGAAACUGUGAGCAUUGAAUCAAAAACGAGUGAACAAAGUUCAGAAAAGAACAAAGUUCAGAAGAGGCAAUAUCCAGGUGUGAUUCCAUUAUACCAUCAGAUGCCACUUAAUGAUGAUGUUCAUACCCUUGUUGCUGCACAUCACCAUACUUUACAUCCCCAACUUCCUGCCAAUGAUUCUAGUCCCCAAAAGGUGUCAAAUACAGUACAAAGCUCUUCUUGUAGACAAACUUUUAAUUCUGAUAUUAACAGGGUCGUUCAUAAUCCUACUAACCUAAAGUAUGAUGAGCAUUUGAGAGCUGAAGGAGAAUGUACUAAUCCUAAAAAUUUCAAGCAAAGUGUGUUAUUUCCUCUUAAAAGUAAUAACAAUCAUAUCACAUCUCAGAAGCACGAUGUUGAAGUUCCCCUAACAAAAGUGGACUUGUUAAGCAAAGCAGCUGAGACAGCUAGAAAAGUAUUUGGUCCUUGUUCUGUGCAAAGAGUGCAUCUAAAAAAUGGUAAAACUGUAUACGCUUAUGCACCACAUGAAGUACCAAAAUUAACUUCAAAUAAGAACUCAACUGUUACUUCUUCACAUACUAUGCCUAUAGGUUUAUCACAUAGUGGCAAUAAUGUAAGAAACUUGAAUGACGUGUUUCAUGCAAUUGACAGCAUCUCAAAAGGAGUGGCAUGUGCUCAAACUUCAUCUGUAUCAUCUGUCCCUGAAGAAAUAAUUUUAGAUGAUAGUGAUGAUGAAGUACAAGAAAUUACGGAUGCAAACUCUUGUAGGACACUUAAUGUGCAUAACAGUGCUAUGGAAUCUUCUGAGCACAAAGAUACAAAUAUUGAAUUGCAAGAACACUCAAAAAUUUCCAAUUCUAAUGUGAAUUUAUGAUGUAUUUAAAUGUUUGUUAUAAUUAGGUUUUUAGAAUUUGCUUUUCAUUAAGCAAUUUUCAAUCAUAUAUAUCUGUAUUUCUGUUCUCUUAUCAGUUUUUGCUCCAUUAUCAUAUCCCCUACAUUUAGCAUUGUGAUAUUUAUCAGAACUGCAUAGAUUGAAAUGAGUUUUUUUUAUUCAAAGUUCUGUUUUUAAUUUAAUUAAUUGAAUUAAGGUAUUGCUUUACUUUGAACAUAAAAACUCAACCCUAAAAAAUUUGCUUUACAUUUUUUCAAAGUGUUAUUAUUUCCUAAAAGGAACUUGAUGGCAGAUUUUUAAUUUAUGCUUUUAAAUCAGAUUGCUUGCAAAAAUAAAUUUUUCAAGUGUAUGAUAAGUAUUGAACAUAAAAAAUGUCACUAAUGAACUUCAAUUUAAAUAUAUUUUUUAAAAAAAGUAUUAAUUUGAAGAGUUAUUUAGUAUUUAUUUUUUAAUGAUUAAGCAUAAACAGAGGUGAACAUUUGAAAUUAUAUGAAAUAAAUAUUCCCAGUUAUUAAGCUUGAACAGACAAAAAAAAAAUUAGCUAUUUCACAGUUGCUUAUUAAGUGUAUUUUCUUUUUGUUGAGAUUAGUGAAACUGAGUGUAAAAUUUAAAAAUAUUAGCUAUGAUCUUAAAAAAUGUCUCAGUGAGUUAGAUUUUAAUGUUAUCAUUGUCAGACUAGGACAUCUCAUAUUAACUAUAUUAUGGUUAAAAUGGAAAACUUUUAAAUUUAAUUUAUUGACCUUGGUACUUGUUAUCAGAAAAACUGUAAUAAAUGUGAUUAUUGUCUUGCUGAUGUGCUAAUAUUAAGAUCUGUUAAGCAUUUUUUCUCAUUGGAGUUUCUCUGAUAGUCUGUAUAAACAAUGAGAUUUUAGUAGUGCAUUAAAAGUAUUUGUAUGUUUUCAAAAUAACCACUCCAUAAUUGUUAGAGGUAUAUCCUUUUAAGAGGUGGAUUUUAAAACUAAAUUCUAAAAUGUUUAAAAUAUAAGACAUAUGGAUAAUAUGUGAUUUUCCCUAUUUUUAGUUUUGCUAAGUACUCUAAAAUAUGACAUCUGGAUAACUUAUGAUUUCAUGUACGUUUAGUUUUGCUAGUAUUCUUAUGCCAAAAAACAUAUAUACUUAAUAUUUUGCUAUAUAUAAUAUAUAAGAUAUAUAUACUAUAUAUAAGAUUUGCAUAUUACUUUAUUUCUGAUUACAAAACUUUCACUGUUAAUAACAUCUUUAUUUUCUUUUUGUGUAAAAAGUUGAAUUGUAGCUGUGUGCUGACUUGUCUCCAGCAUUUUCAGCAUCGUAAGUGAUCAGUACAGUUGUGCUCAUAUAAGUUAAAUCUGUUAAUUAUUCAGAGUGAAAUAGGCUUUUAUAUUUUUGUGAUUUAGGUGGUACAUUCUGAAAUUUGGUACCCUAAGGAACACCUUAUAUCACCUAUGUUUGGAAUUGGCUUUUGCUGUAUGCAUUCUGUAAAUAUUCUUGGAAGUUUUCUAAUUCAUUUCAAGUCAGAUUGAAUUCAGCUAUAUUGAGACGAGUUUUCCAAAUUGAUAUAAAAGAUCUCGCAUUAAAAAAAUUAUGUGGUUUGAUGGAAACUUCUCCAAAUGUGAUAUUUGUAUUAUCUAUGAUUUAUUAUUUAUAUCUAUGAGUAUUUUUCAGCUAUGCAUAAAUCCAUACAUAAACAAAAUGUGUCUUCCAAGUUGUAUGCUAAGAAAUUGUUUCAUCAGACACUGAAAUAUACUUUCUUUUAGUUUUUACUCAAGUGAUAUUUCAGUAUAUGUAGAUUUGAAAAUACAUUUGAGCAAUUUUCAGUUCAUUUCUAAUAUAUAAGAAUAAUGUUAAUUAAUUGCAGUUUACUUUUUUUCAUUUACUUUAUUGAAGUACACCAUUACACUUAACUGUAAGAAUACGUUUUAGUAUAAAUAAAAUAUUUUUAAUCUGGCAUAAUCAAAAAGAAAGUAUUUAAAACUGAUUCUUUAGUUUAAGGUUCUAUUUUUCUUUUAUUAGUUUAAGGUUCUAUUUUUCUUUUAAAAGUGUGUAUUCUGUAUUUUUCUUUCUUUUCUUUUUUUCCCUCUUUAUGUUUUUCAUACUUACAUGAAACUUAUUUUCAGUCUGAAGGCGUGACUGUAUAACUUGUGUAACUGUAAUAUAUGGUCCCAUUUUAUUUGCUAUGAUUUACAGAUUUAUAAAAUAUCUGAAAUUUGAAUUUUAUGCCCUUCCAGUUAGUGCUGAAAAAGUUCUCUUUUUCCUCUCUUGACCAAAGAUAAUUUUCUCAAAACAUGUUUUUAAUAUUGUUAAGUUUCUUUGCUCUUCUCAAAUUUUGUGCUACCUCAGUUCCCUUUUCUGCACAAAACAGACUUGUGUGUUGAUUCCUGCAUUUAUUGUUCAUAUUGUAUAUACAUGUAAAUAUUGAUGUAUAUUGUGAAUAUACUGACUGCUCUUAAAAUCUUUCAUUGUAAUUCAUAUUGAUUGAUUGUUCUUGUAAAAAAGAAAAAUGCUGGUUCAUUGUUAUUUCCUAUUGUUUUCAAUUUUGGUACACUUGUGAUAAACCGUCCAAUGUCGAAAGUGACAUAGCUAUAGAGGUAGAUAAGAGAAAAUUUAUUUGACAAAAGAAAUCACUCCUUAUAUGUAGUUCAUACAUAAUCAUGAAAUAUUUUUAAAUGACUGAUCAUUUCUAGAUCUCGUUUUUACUGUGAAAGAUUAAGUAUCACAUGUUAAACAUAUGCAGUAAAAUAUAUGUAUGAAUUAAACUGUUCGAUUUAAUUUGUUGGAUUUUUUUUAUUUUUUAAUAGAUAAUAACUUGAGAAAUUAUUUAACCAUCAUGCACCAUGUCUGUAAAAGCUCUUAUGUUAUCUUUAUUUUUGCAACCAUUGAUCAUAGACAUAUGCAGUGAAACUUAUUCAUGAAUUUAAUUCCUUUCUGAAGGCCAUUUGUCAACCGAAGUAUUCAUGAAUUGAAACUGUUUUCCCCCAUUGGGUUUAAUGUAAAAUGGAUUCAUUUGUUUCUCAACUGCAUGUGAUUGCUUACUUGAACUUUUCAACAGUCCUUUGUUGUACAGGUUCAAAUAAUCUAAAACUAAUGGAAAUCAAUCAAUUUAAACAAAAAGGAGCCACAGUAUUAAACAGAUAAAAUAGAGGAAAAUUUAAUUUUAGUGUACACGUGCAGAAGAAGAUGUUAUUGUUGUGUAAUUCACUUUCUUAAAAAUGACAAAUAAUUAAAUCUUAGAGAAUGUAUUCUUUUAUAUUUGCUUUGUCUGUGAGUGCCAUUAAACUCUGAUUAAAAAUCUGUAACCCUCUGUUUCACUCAAAAUUUGCCCAAAGUGAUUUAUUUCCUGCAUUUAAAAAUAUUUCUAAAGUGAGACAUUAUGUGUACUUUAUCAAGGUAAUAUCAUUAUGUCCCAACUUUGCAUCUUAUCCCAUUUUGCAUAAAUUUCAUGGAUCAGAGAACAAGGAAAAUUGUUUUUCUUCUAAUUUUGAAGACAUUUCUUCAACACUCACCUUUGUCUACAUCUGAAGUUGUUGUGGUUCAUUCUUCUUUAACUCAUUUUUAUGAUCCUCUAAUAACUUAUCCACAUUUUCAUUAUUAACUUUCUAGCCCGGCAUUUUGCUUACAGACUCAGUAUCAUUAAUAGCAAGAAGUUUUAAAUCAAAAAAAGGCUCAAAGUGUGGCUUGUAAUUCAAUCUGGCCAUAAAUUUCUCCAGUCCUUAUUCAUGGUCUUGUAAGCCAUUUUCUGCCAGGCUUUGGCCAUAUACUAAAGCAAUAAGAAAUAUUAAAGUGAUUUUCCUGGGUGUUAUGUUGGAUAAGUUAUAAGUUAGCUCAAAGCACCUUCGAAAAUUGUUUGUUGCCAACUUAAGUGUUAAAGACAAUGUUCGUCAUCUGAGAGUUUUUUUUUUUUUUUUUUUUGUGUGUGUGUGUGUGUGUUUAGAUAAUUUAUUCUUUUGCUCCAUGCUACUUCCAGUUACAAACAUACCUAAAAAUAGUGCAGCUACUCAUGCUUUAACAUAAGUUUAAAAAAUUAAUUUUGUAAAAAUUAAGAAAUGUAACUUUUUGUAUGGCUUUCAUGUUCUGUAGUUAUAUUUAAUAAAAGCUUUUACUUGUUCCAAAUAAAACAAAACAAAUUUGACUCCUGCAAGACAUAAAUUAACAUUCUAAAAUCUGAAAUCAUGUUUAACAGUGAUAUGCAAAUUGAAGAGCAAAAUAUUUAUGUUUAUGCCUAACUAAAAAUAAAAUAUCAGAUUUGAGAGUUGUUUUUUAUAUUAAUUGAUUAAAUAAUGAGCAAAGCUAUUUAAGUCAUGAAAAGUAUUCAUUAGUGUGUGUGUGUAUAUAUAUAUAUGUAUCCCCCCCAUGAUGUCUUAUACACAGAAUUUCAUAGAUUCCAUGUUCUUGAAAAACAGUGACGGAAUUCAGCAGUGGCAUAUAGUUAACACAUAAUGUUAUUUGCGUAAAUUAAAAAUGAAAAGUAUUUAUAGUUUCAACAAUUUUUUUUAGAUUACGGUUCUAAAAGAAUAAACCUUCAUAAAAAUAGUAAUAAUGUAUUUUUAGUUCUUGGCUAGUAAAUCACAAACGAAUAUCACUUAAAGACCUUAAAGAUGGAAAAAAAUGUCUAAAAUUUAUUUUUUAACAAGCCCUUCAAAGCUAACAAAAAAAGAUUGAAAAAAAUCCCACAUUCAAAAUUAAGUAUCUUUUGUCAAUUUUUCUUGUAUGAAAUUCACUUUUUAUUUUUUUUUAUAAUGAAUAUAAGCUUUUACUAAGUAUAAAUAUAAAGACACUUUGGUAACUAAAAUGCCAAAAUACGAAUAUUUGAAUCAUUUGCAUUUCAUUCACAGUUGCAGACAAACACUUGCAGAAGUGUUUGUCUGCAACUGCAGUUAAGAUAUAAAGGUAUCUUAACCCGGCAUUACACGCGCGAAAAAAAACGAACGGCAUUACACGCGCUGGGUGUGUCAUACCCAGGGUGGUUUCUUCCUAUUUUCUACUAUAAAAUUUACACAAAACAUAAAACAGAAGAAAAAGAUAAAAGUUGAAACAGUUUUAAACAUAUAUUUAAAAUAUUACUUACAAUUAUUCUGUACAUUUCCUGCAAAUACAUGCCAUGUGUUCCAUACACACAUGUUUUUGACAUUUUUCACAAAUAUAUUUU